AUGCUCCCUCCCAAGGCCUACAUCAACAUCUCCUUCUUCCAACCACCCGCCUUCCUCCUCAUUGGCAUCCCAGGACUCGAGGCUGCUCAUGGCUGGAUCUCCAUCCCCUUCUCCUCCAUGUACACUGUGGCCCUCACUGGAAACUGCCUGAUCCUCCUGGCUAUCAGGAGGACCCCCAGCCUGCACCAGCCCAUGUACUAUUUCCUGUCCAUGCUGGCCCUCACUGAUGUGGGCCUCACCUUGUCCACACUGCCCACUACCCUGGGUGUGCUCUGGUUUGACCAUCGACUCAUUGGGUUCAAUUCCUGCUUGGUCCAGAUGUUCUUCCUGCACUCCUUUUCUGUAGUGGAGUCCUCAGUUCUCCUGGCCAUGUCGUUUGACCGCUUUGUGGCUAUUUCCAACCCACUGCGUUAUGCAGCUGUCCUCACAAAUAAUGUCAUCAUCAAGAUUGGGCUGGCCAUUGUGACUCGAGCCACUGUGUCCUUGUUCCCUGGGCCCUUCUUGCUGAAGCGACUGAACUAUUGCCCUGGCAAGAUUAUCUUGUCCCAUUCCUUCUGUUUCCAUGCAGAUAUCAUGAAACGAGCCUGUGCUGACAUUACUGUCAACAUCCUUUUGGGACUAUAUAUACUCCUAUCCACAGUGGGUAUAGACUCCCUGCUUAUUGUCCUGUCCUAUGUCCUCAUUCUUCACACAGUAAUGGGACUUGCCUCCCCAAAGGAACGAGCCCGGGCCCUCAACACCUGUGUGUCUCAUAUCUUAGCUGUCCUGGUUUUUUACAUCCCAGUCAUAGGAGUAUCCAUGAUCCACCGUUUUGGGAGGUACCUACCCCCCAUUGUACAUGCCCUUGUUGCCUAUGUGUACCUGGUAGUGCCUCCUGUGCUCAACCCCAUCAUCUACAGUGUCAAAUCCAAGCCCAUCAGGGAGGCCAUGCUCAAGGUGCUGAAAAGGGUGGGGCACAGCUCAUGA